UUGAACAGUUCUGGCCAAUAUCAAGACGUAUUUUCGUGGUAGAACUCGGGUUACAUGCAGUAAGCUAUCGACUCUUUUUAAAAGAAAAAUAAGAAAAACACAGUAAGGUAUAUGCAAUUUAUAGUAGAAUAGUCCAGUUUCUUUCAUUCUUAGAAAUAAAACUGUUCUAAAUGGCCGAAUUCCUUUUCUCACACGAAAAACAGAGGUAUAGCCCCUUUAUCUUCUUCAUCCUUGAGAAUUUAAUCUAAUGCGUUAUGUGGACUUAAUUUCUUUGGUCUCUUUUAAAGGAGUUGAUAUCCUAACUGAUCUCAGCUAUUGUACCCAUCCCAUAGGGUCUUCGUUCAAGAGCUGACUGUAAAACGGUGUAGAAAACAAAAACAUAAACGGCUACCUUCCUUCACACUUUUGAAAACAGAAGGCCCAAUGAAAAACCUGCGCGCGCCAUUUUUUUCUCUGUCAUUAACGCAACAGUAGUUUUAGCUUGGGGGUGGGGACUGCUACUCUCUCGUCAUUUUUGCCCACGUCUAACGCUGCAGGGCCACUGAAUUGCAUGACUGGCUAUAAAAUGAGAAGCCGAGGGAGUUGCGCCAUUCAGUUUUUCGUGUGUGAAAUUCGCAAAAAUGCCUGAACCAAAAGCUGCUCCUGCGCCCAAAAAGGGUUCAAAGAAGGCCGUUUCUAAGAGUCAGGCAAAGGGUGGGAAGAAGCGCAGAAAGUCCAGGAAGGAAAGCUACUCCAUCUACGUGUACAAGGUAUUGAAGCAAGUACACCCCGAUACUGGUAUUUCUUCUAAGGCGAUGGGUAUCAUGAACUCAUUUGUGAACGACAUCUUUGAGCGCAUCGCCGGUGAGGCUUCUCGUUUAGCGCACUACAACAAACGCUCCACCAUUUCUUCAAGGGAGAUCCAGACCGCUGUGAGGCUGCUGCUGCCGGGUGAGCUUGCUAAGCAUGCCGUGUCCGAGGGCACCAAGGCAGUCACCAAGUACACCAGCUCCAAAUAAACAGAAGUCCUUCCAAAAACC